GUAAAUACACUGUUUCCGGGGGGCCGGCGCUCUGACGCGGACAUGGCAGCCACAGCCAGGCUCUUGGUUUCCUCCCGCUGCAUGCUGGCCGGCUCCAGGUUGCUCCCUCCCGCGGGGCUCCGAGCGGCAUGGCGGUGCCCGGCCCGAGCACUCAGUUCAGAAGAUAAAGUCAUGGUGAAAUUUAUUAAUCGUGAUGGAAAUACCAUUGUUGCAGAUGGAAAAGUUGGAGAGUCACUCCUUGACCUUGUUGUAGAAAAAAAUCUGGACAUUGAUGGUUUUGGUGCUUGUGAAGGUACCCUGGCUUGCUCUACUUGUCACCUCAUUUUUGAAGAUCCCGUAUUCCAGCAGUUGGACACUGUUACUGAUGAAGAAAUGGAUAUGCUGGACCUUGCCUACGGACUGACGGAAACGUCAAGGUUGGGUUGCCAAAUCUGCCUGCAGAAAUGGAUGAACGGAAUGACUGUCAAAGUGCCGGAGGCUGUUGCAGAUGUCAGGCAGACAGUGGACAUGGGCAAGAGUUAAUGAAACCUGUUAUAGCGUGGAAUUACUUCUAAAACAUUGACUUUUUUUUUAUAAUAAAUGAUAUCUUAAUCUUAUUUUUUAAUUUUACCAUAUAUCACAUAAUCUUUUGUUUUCUUGUUUUUUUGUUUUUUAGUUUGCCGUAAUGUAAUCUGUGCAGAUAUCCCCAUAAUUUUAUGUAAUGCAGAUUGCUGACCUCAUAGUGCCUUUACAUGAGCCUGAAUAAUGUAUCUAAUUAUGGACAGACUGCACUGCAGUAAGAGUCUGAAACGAUGACCUAAAUUAACAUUAGUGGAGCAAGCGCUUUACAGAUGUGAUGAGACCUAAUUUUUAGAUCUAGCUACGUCCGUUACAUUACAUACACAGCUCGCUGCUGCUAUUAGCAUUGCCACUAGGUGGUGGACACGUACUAUGCAUUGCAUUCGUAAAAGGGUAAUCUGCAGUCACUAUAUGUCUUUAAUUUUAGAUAGAAGCUUCCCUUUUGGGGACUCGACACUCAUUCAGUCAUCCUGUAUCAAUGUUUAUGAUGCUAUCAUAAGCAAUUCAAAUGUUUUUAAUUCCUUUUUAAAGUCUGUAUCUAGUUGCUGCACGAAGUUAUAGGGCUUUAUUUAAAAAAAAAUAAAAAAAUAAAAAAUCCUGAAUUGGAAAGAAUUGACAACUUUAUGCAAUUAUCCAAUAUUUGUCAAAAUUGAAAACAAUGUGCCAAUUCUGUUACUUUGCUGUUUUGGGCCUAUAUUUGCUAUACUCUUAACACUUAAUCCAAAUUCCUGUUUUAGCAAAAUAGACCAGAAGUUUAAAUCUGACUGUUUCAGUUGUUUACACAUUGUCAAUAUGUUGUCUCUAGUUACAAUUCUCAUAUUUUAGCUCAUUUAGAGCUCCUGUAACAUUAGAUUUGAUUAUAGUAAUGUAUUAAAUUCAUUCUAAACAAUUUUGUUUAAAAAAAAAUA